GGGGAAACAGUCGACCCGCUCAGUAUGGCAGCAUCAUACGUCUGCAUAACAAUGAGUGACCUUCCCAAGAUGGCGUAGCCCAUCCCUGUUCUCGCUGAGUAGACCAGGAGCCUGAACAGUAUGGAGGCCAAGUCUGCGGAAGAGAUCUCUGAUCGGAGCCCCCUCAGCCUGUUUGAGCUCAGCGCGGCGGCAGUCAGCUCCGCCAUGGGACGCGUGGAGAGAGAGGUUUGGGCACUUCCAGGUCCGAUACUUCAAGGAAUCUUGCCUCUGCUUAACAUCUACUACCUGGAGCGAAUUGAGGAGACCGCUGUGAAAAAGGGUCUCUCAACCCAACCUAUAUGGUGCAAGCUCUGGUUUGACAUAAUGAAAACAAGACCUUCUAGAUUAGAGAGCAUCAAGUGUUGGAGGAAGAAGUUCAUUGAAACUUUCUUCUCAAAUGUGCUCCGUGGCAUCCUGGAUGUGUCUUUACACCAGCGCCUAAGUGACCCUUCCUUUUUGCCCCUGCUGCACACUUCGCGGCAUGUUACCCAGCUUACCAUCUACAACAUGCUUGAGGGAGUGUCAGAGCUGAUGGCCAAACACAAUCAGAGCGUCCUAGAAAACUUGGCUGUCUCCCUCACAUCCCUGACAUUCCGUCACCUUCUCUCCUCCAGUCUGUCUACUAGGCAACAGUUGAGUUCGUUCCUUCAUCGCCUAAUUCAUCAUGGGGCUGUGAACCACCUCUCUAUGUAUUCUUGGCCUGACCCUGACCCAGCACUUUUAGCCCUCAUUCUGAAAAUGAGUGCUGGGGUUUGGCACCCUGGAAAAACACUGCUGGACCAAGAAAACCUUUGCCAUCUGUGCAGAGAGAAAUGUGUUGACCAGAGCCAAAAGCUAGAUGAAGAGCCUUGGGGUGCAAGGCAGCUAUUUCAGAGUUCAGUCAGUGGCCAGCAUAAUAAUAGUGAUCUGAGGAAUGAGAAACUGUUACCUAGUGUGCCUCAAGAAUCUCUUCUGGGCUUUCAGAAUGCAGUAGAAUUGGCCAGAAUUAGCAGCAAAACACUAAAAGCCCCAGUGGGAUGCAGAUUGGGUUGCAAUUCUAGGCAAAGCAAAAUGCAGCAGAGCUCAUGUUCAGAAAGUUAUAGUGCUGAAGAGGGAUCUGUCACUUUUAUCCCAGCAAAGACAUUUCAAGAUGUCCCUACUUUGGAAAAAUCUCAAAAGAGGCGUAAAGCUGUAACAGCAAAAAAGCGCAGCUGCCAUCAGAGGAGCAGCAAAGUCCCUGCAGAGUCAGAAGACCUUUACGACUUUGUCUUUGCGAUUGCGAGGGAAGAGGAGGAGAAUACACCGUGUAGCGAAAGAAGGAAUGCCAAGGAGGAAGAAAGCCUUGCUAGCUGUUCCCGUCUCUCAGAAGAGGCUGCCAGUAGUUCUGGUACGGUUUGCACAGAGGGAACCCGAUCUGCUGGGGUGCCUUCUCUGAAAACAACGGGUCAUUUCCGAAGUGUGUCCACGCUGGAAGUGUUCUCCAUCUCUCUGACCAGGAAUACAUGCCAGAUGCUGGGGAACCUGCUGAGCUCUUGGGUAUCUUUAGAAAAGCUUGUUCUGUCUUUGAAUGGCCUAGGCCCCGGCGUCUUCAGUAUCCUCUCUGGGCUCCGGGCCCUGUCUCGCCACAGUGAUUACCGCCUCCGUGUGGUGCGCAUCAGUGACAUGUUUUCGCAUGUCCCCUGCAUGAAUCUUGUUCAUGCUUUCCUGAGUGCUGUGCCGUUGCUUCAGACCCUCUUGGUCAGCUUUGAUCUCAAAACCGCGACAGAGCGGGGCAGGCCGGAAGAGAGCUGGGACUCAUCACCCUUUGAAGAAGAGAUUCCAGAGAGCCAUUUGGAACACCUUGAAAUCAGAUUCCCUAGAGAGCCUCUUCAGACAAGUCUCCUGGUGCCUGUGUUGAAGGCCUCAAGGUCUCUCCAGAGCCUCUCUCUAGACAGCGUUGCAAUUUCCUGUCCUCAAGAAGUUGGGCUUCUCCUACAGGCACUCAAAGAGAACAGCCCAAGCCUGAAGAAGCUAAGCUUUCAUGAUGUCAACCUUUCUGGCCACUCAAAAGAAGUCCUCCUCCUGCUACAGGAUCCCAUUCUUCAAGAAAUCACCUUUUCAUUCUGUCGGCUGUUCGAAAACUGCACUGCUGAGCUCCUGUCUGAAAUAAUAAACGCCGUGAAGAAGAACUCAACACUGAAGAGCCUCAGACUACCUGGAAAUAGGCUGGGAAAUCACAGGCUUGUUGCAUUGGCUGAUAUUUUUUCUGAAGAUUCAUCAUCUUCCAUCUGUCAUCUGGAUUUAAGCUCUAACUGUAUCAAACCUGCUGGACUCCUGGAGUUUGCCAAGAAGCUGGAGAAUUACAUAGCCCAACGUGGAGAACAAAUCAAAUUCACCAAGCUGUGCCUCUAUCAGAACUGGCUGGACCAAGAUACCGUAACUGCUCAAGAGGCUCUUUGGCGGCUAAAAGCUAUGUGCAGCAUAGUCAGCGACACUUGGGAUUCAUCUCAGGCCUUGGCUGACUAUAUCAGUGUGAUGUGAACUUAUCUACUAAUAAAGCUGCCUAAUCAAUUUA